GCUGCUUAUCCAGUUGGCGGAGGAGAAAAAAAGAGAAUUCAGGAGAAGGAAGAAUCUCCUUUGAAAUGGGAGCAGAAGCUAGAGGCUGCAGUCAAGGCUAAAGCUGAUGCUAAACCAAAAGAAAAGAAGUCAAAGGCUGCAAAACAGAAGCGAAAGCCUAAUUCUGAAUCAGCUUAGACAGUGAUUUGGUUUCACUGGAAGCAUGCCCACUCUGAUUCAGAUGACAGUGGGCGGGAGAAAGAGAAGAAGUCCAGGAGACAGAAGAGAAGGUCCUCAAGUUUGAGUAUGAAAGUGGAUCUGGUAAAGAACGUGGAAGGAAGAAGCAGCCCCACAGAUGGCAUAGGCGGCACUGGUCUAGGUAAGAUUCCAGGGAUUCUGAUUGUGGAAGUGAUGAUAACGAAGCGGAUGUGAGAAAAAGGGUUGUAAAACGCCACAGAUACAAACAACAUUCAGCCUCCAGUGAUUCAGACAACUAGAGGGUGUGAGGAUAAUGGGAGAGGUAGAAAUAGUAAUGGUGCGUGAAAGCAUUGUGGGGGCAGAGUCCAUUGCAUCAGAGUCUUCAACUGAAGACGGACAGGUCAGAAGGAGAAGGCAUCGCCACCAUAGUUUUGACUCAGCAUCUGAGUAAGUGUACGAGGGCGAAGCGCAUGGUAGAAGAAGACAAAUACCAAAUGGUAAAUUAGAGCAUCACGACCCCAGAUCAGUCUGGAAAUUGAACGGGGAAAGCAGAAACAGAUGAUGUUUGAUUAUCAAAAUAAUCACUGUGAAUAGAGGUGGUUCAAUCCUUUUAGUGUUUGUUCCUCAACUUGAUGACUUGGUGUUAGAAAUUGAAUUGAUGGGUCCCUUUUCUUAUUGAUGUUAGCUCAUGACGUGACAUGCGUUAUCAAGUCUAACCAUGUGCUUUGGAUUAUACGCUUCCUCUUCAAACUUGAGAUUUGAAUUCGAUUUGGAUUA